AGGGAAGCGCCGUACGAGCGCGAGGCGGAGCCCGGCGGCGGGCGGGCGGAGAGCGGCAGCGUUGGUGCGCCUGCCGGCCGUGGCCGCCGCCAUGGAGCCGUUCUCGGGCAUCCCCGUGGUCGUGGCCGUGGCCGCGGUGGCCGCGACGGCGCUGCUGCUGCUGCUGCUCAGAGGGGCGGGGCGGGGGCCGGGCAGCCCUGUCACGCUGCGGGACCCGGAGGCCAAAUACCCGUUGCCGCUGGUGGGCAAAGAGGAAAUCAGCCACGACACUAAGAAAUUCCGGUUUGGGCUCCCUUCACCAGAUCACGUCUUAGGAUUACCUGUAGGCCAACACGUUUACCUUUCUGCAAGAAUCAAUGGUAAUCUGGUGAUCCGAGCCUAUACCCCAGUUUCCAGUGAUGACACAAAAGGUUAUGUUGAUUUAAUUAUAAAGGUUUACUACAAAAAUGUGAAUCCUAAGUUCCCAGAAGGUGGGAAGAUGUCCCAGUACCUAGACAACAUGAAGAUUGGAGAUGUUAUUGAUUUCAGGGGGCCAAAUGGACUGCUUGUCUACAAGGGAUCAGGUACCUUUCUGAUCAAGCCUGAUAAGAAGUCUGAAGCACAGAAGAAGUUUGCAAAGCAUCUUGGGAUGAUAGCUGGAGGAACAGGAAUAACGCCUAUGUUGCAGCUGAUCCAUCAAAUCACAAGUGAUCCUAAGGACUUUACAAAAUGUUACCUUCUUUUUGCUAAUCAGACAGAAAAGGAUAUAUUGCUCAGAGCUGAGCUAGAAGACAUUGCUAAGAGGCAUCCUGAUCAGGUCACGCUCUGGUAUACACUGGACAAGCCUCCACAAGAUUGGAAGUACAGUUCUGGCUUUGUCACUGCAGACAUGAUUAAAACCCACCUCCCUUCUCCUGGCAGUGAGACACUCAUUCUUAUGUGUGGGCCACCACCUAUGAUUCAGUUUGCAUGUCAGCCUAACCUGGAUAAACUUGGCUAUCCCAAGAGCAUUACGUUUUCUUAUUAAUGGUGAUGUCAUCCAGCUCUUUUUCUUAAACAGCGGAGACUGUGGACCUGAAUCCAUUCCCAAAGAAAGAGGUGAAAGAUCAUCUGAAACUACUGUACCGUCCAUGUUCUCUGUUUCUCCUGGGUUAACAACAAUAAUUGUCAAUAAUUAGUACAAAACGUGACAAGAUUGUUAUAUGACAGACUAACACUUAAAUUAAAAAAACAUAAUAAAGUACAGAUAGCUAUAAAAAUGUUCUUGCAUAAAAAAUAAUUUAAAAAAGAGUAGUUGUACUUUUGAUAUAGGAAAAGGGUAUUAUAAUAUUGUAAUUUCAGUGUAUUUUAAAACCUUAAUUCCAGAUCUUGAUCUGCUGUUGCGUUUCCUAUUUUUAAUACCAAAAUUCAUCCAUCAAAAUCAGUGGGAAUUUUAUUGUUGACUUCAGUUAAAACAAAGUAAGACCAAGAAUAAAUAUAUUUU